GACAUCACACAGAAGGGCUAUGAGAAGAAACGAACCAAGCUGCUGGCUCCCUUCCUCCCUCAGAUCACCAGUAAGUCCAGGCCUUUCUCUUCUCUCUUUCUCCUCCUCUUCUCUUUUCAUCCUCCUCUUCUUCCUCUUCCUCCCACAGAUCACCAGUAAGACACAUCUGCUCCUCUUUUUAUCUUUUUCUUUCUGUCCCCAUUUCUUUGUCGUUGUCCUUCUUUUAUAUUUUCUUCAUAAUACACUUUAUCUUCUCUCUCAUCUUUUCGGUCCGUUCUCCUCCUCCUCUUCUCUCCUCCUCUUCUCUCCUCCCGCUCGACUAUUGUCUUCCUCCUUCCUCCUCAUUGCUCUCUUCUUGUCUGACCUCUCUUGAUAUUUGUCAUCCACGCGUCUCCUCACCGGGGCAGAUGACAUGGCAGCAGCGAGUACAAGACAUGACUAUCUGUUUUCAGCCUAACCCCAGACUCAAACAAAUGCCUUUUCAAUCAAACUGACAGCAAUGACCAAGCUCAUCAACUAAGUCAGUUUUGCACCAACAAGUCAUUUCUAUGGGGAAAGAAUGCACAGAUGAACCAAAACUGUUCCACAAAUAGUGGGUUAUUGGACUGACUUCCCCAUUAUUGUUUUUCCGCAACUGUUUUUGACCUCCCUCUGUCUGUGUGUUCAUAUGGCGAUGGGAGCGUUUAUGGCUCUCUGCUGCACUCUAGUGGUGGAUGACGGAACAGCUGCAUUGCUGCUCAAACGUAGUACAAUGGUAGAUGCGAAGUGUGAUCUUUGAGACAACCCUACCCUUACUCUAACCAUAAGUCGGUACCUAACCUUAACCGUUUUACAUUUCUAUUUUAAUGGGGGUGACGUCAGAGUUGGGUCAAACGAGGACGUGGUUAAUAUAAAUCUAGCUGUGUUUUUUUUCUAUGCAUUGGCAGGACAGAAGGAAGUAUCUCGUAAACUCAAGGGCGGGGUGUGUGUCUCUUUGUUAACAACAGCUGGUGCACUCGGGGUUCUGCUUGCCUGAGUUAGAAUACCUCAUGAUAAACUGUAGACCAUACUAUUUACCAAGAGAGUUUUCAUCUAUAUUUUUCAUAGCUGUCUACUUACCACCACAAACAGAUGCUGGCGUUAAGACCGCACUCAACGAAGCAAACAAGAAAAUGCUCACCCAGAAGCAGCGCUCCUAGUGGCCAGUGAUUUUAAUGCAGGAAAACAGAAAUCCAUCUUACCUAAUUUCUACCAGCAUGUCACCUGUGCAACUAGAGGGGAAAAAACUCUAGAUCACCUUUACUCCACACACAGAGACGCAUACAAAGCUCUACCUCGCCCUCCAUUUGGUAAAUCUGACCAUAACUCUAUCCUCCUGAUUCCUGCUUACAAGUAAAAACUAAAAUCGUAAGUGACACGCUCUAUUCGGAAGUGGUCCGAUGAAGCGGAUGCUAAGCUACAAGACUGUUUUGCUAGCACAGACUGGAAUAUGUUCCGGGAUUCAUCCAAUGGCAUUGAGGAGUUUACCACAUCAGUCACCGGCUUCAUUAAUAAGUUCAUUGAUGACGUCGUCCCAACCAGAAGCCAUGGAUUUCAGACAACAUCCGAAAGGAGCUAAAGGCUAGAGCUGCCGCUUUCAAAGAGCGGGACCCUAUCCCGGACGCUUAUACGACACCUGAAAUGACACUCAUUGGAUGUGGCAGGGCUUGCAAACUAUCAUGGAUUACAAAGGGAAACCCAGCCACGAGCUGCCCAGUGAUACGAGCACCAGCUGUUCCAGACCACUGUGUGAUCACGCUUUUUGUAGCCGAUGUGAGUAAGACCUUUAAACAGGUCAACAUUCACAAGGCCGCAGAGCCAGGUGGAUUACCCGGACGCAUACUCGGAGCAUGCGCUGACCAGCUGGCAAGUGUCUUCACUGACAUGUUCAACUUCUCCAUGACCCAGUCUUUAAUACCUACAUGUUUCAAGAAGACCACCAUAGUCCCUGUGUCUAAGAACGCCAAGGUAACCUGUCUAGAUGACUAUCGCCCGUAGCACUAAAAUCUGUAGCCAUAAUAGCUUUGAAAGGCUUGCCAUGGCUAACAUCAACACCAUAUCCCCCAAACACCCUGGACCCACUCCAAUUCGCAUACCGCCCCAACAGAUCCACAGAUGACCAAUCUCUAUUGCACUCCACACUGCCCUUUCCCACUUGGACAAAAGGAACACCUAUGUGAGAAUGCUGUUCAUUGACUACAGCUCAGUGUUCAACACCAUAGUGCCCUUGAAGCGCAUCACUAAGAUAAGGUCCCUGGGACUGAACACCUCCCUCUGCAACUGGAUCCUAGACUUCCUGAUGUGCCGCCCCCACGCUGACCCUCAACACAGGGGCCCUUCAGGGGUGCGUGCUUAGUCCCCUUCAAUAGUCUCUGUUCACCCUGGUCGCGCACGACUCCAACACCAUUAUUAUGUUUGCCGACGACGCGACGGUGGUGGGCCUGAUCACCUGGCAGUGUGGUGACAGGACAACAAUCUCUCCCUCAACGUCAGUAAGACAAAGGAGCUGAUCGUGGACUACAGGAAACGGAGGGCCGAGCACGGCCCUAUUCACAUCGACAGGGCUGUAGUGGAGCGGGUCGAGAGCUUCAAGUUCCUUGGUGUCCACAUCACUAAGAAUCUAUCAUGGUCCAAACACACCAACAAAGUUCUGAAGAGGGCACGAAAACGCCUCUUCCCACUCAGGAGGCUGAAAAGAUUUGGCAUGGGACCUUAGAUCUUCAAAAAGUUAUACAGCUGCACCAUCGAGAGCAUCUUGAAUGGCUGCAUCACUGCUUGGUAUGGCAACUGCUUGGCAUCUGACCGCAAGGCACUACAGAGGGUAGUGCCAACAGCCCAGUACAUCACUGGAGCCGAGCUCACUGACAUCCAGGACCUCCUAUACCAGGCAGUGUCAGAGGAAGGCCCCAAAUAUGGUCUAAGACUCCAGCCACCCAAGCUACAGACUGUUCUCUCUGCUACCACAUUGCAAGCGGUACCAAUGCACCAAGUCUAUAACCAACAGGAUCCUGAACGGCUUCUAGCCCUAAGACUUCUAAACAAGACUGCUAAAUAGCUAAUCAAAUGGCUACCUGUAUUGACCCUUUUUUGCACUAACUCUCUUGCACUGACUCUAUGCACACACUGGACUCUACCUACACACUCACACAUACAGUUGAAGACGGAAGUUUACAUACACCUUAGCCAAAUACAUUUAAACUCAGUUUUUCACAAUUCCUGACAUUUAAUCCUAGUAAGAAUUCACUGUCUUAGGUCAGUUAGGAUCACCACUUUAUUUUAAGAAUGUGAAAUGUCAGAAUAAUAGUAGAGAGAAUUAUUUAUUGAAGCUUUUAUUUCUUUCAUCACAUUCCCAGUGGGUCAGAAGUUUACAUACACUCAAUUAGUAUUUGGUAGCAUUGCCUUUAAAAUUGUUUAACUUGGGUCAAACGUUUCGGGUAGCCUUCCACAAGCUUCCCACAAUAAGUUGGGUGAAUUUUGGCCCAUUCCUCCUGACAGAGCUGGUGUAACUGAAUUCAGGUUUGUAGGCCUCCUUGCUCGCACACGCUUUUUCAGUUCUGCCCACACAUUUUCUAUAGGAUUGAGGUCAGGGCUUUGUGAUGGCCACUCCAAUACCUUGACUUUGUUGUCCUUAAGCCAUUUUGCCACAACUUUGGAAGUAUGCUUGGGGACAUUGUCCAUCUGGAAGACCCAUUUGCGACCAAGCGUUAACUUCCUGACUGAUGUCUUCAAUAUAUCCACAUAAUUUUCCUUCCUCAUGAUUCCAUCUAUUUUGUGAAGUGCACCAGACCCUCCUGCAGCAAAGCAUCCCCACAGCAUAAUGCUGCCACCCCCGUUUGCUUCACUGUUGGGAUGGUGUUCUUCGGCUUGCAAGCUACCUCCAAACAUAACGAUGGUCAUUAUGGCCAAACAGUUCUAUUUUUGUUUCAUCAGACCAGAGGACAUUUCUCCAAAAAGUACGAUCUUUGUCCCCAUGUGCAGUUGCAAACCGUAGUCUGGCUUUUGUAUGGCGGUUUUGGAACAGUGGCUUCUUCCUUGCUGAGUGACCUUUCAGGUUAUGUCAGUAUAGGACUCGUUUUACUGUGGAUAUAGAUACUUUUGUACCUGUUUCCUCCAGCAUCUUCACAAGGUCCUUUGCUGUUGUUCUGGGAUUGAUUUGCACUUUUCGCACCAAAGUACAUUAAUCUCUAGGAGACAGAACAUGUCUCCUUCCUGAGCGGUAUGACGGCUGCGUGGUCCCAUGGUGUUUAUACUUGCGUACUAUUGUUUGUACAGAAGAACGUGGUACCUUCAGGCGUUUGGAAAUUGCUCCCAAGGAUGAACCAGACUUGUGGAGGUCUACAAUUCUUUUUCUGAGGUCUUGGCUGAUUUCUUUUGAUUUUCCCAUGAUGUCAAGCAAAGAGGCACUGAGUUUGAAGGUAGGCCUUGAAAUACAUCCACAGGUACACCUCCAAUUGACUCAAAUGAUGUCAAUUAGCCUAUCAGAAGCUUCUAAAGCCAUUAAAUAAUUUUCUGGAAUUUCCCAAGCUGUUUAAAGGCACAGUCAACUUAGUGUAUGUAAACUUCUGACCCACUGGAAUUGUGAUACAGUGAAAUAAUCUGUCUGUAAAGAAUUGUUGGAAAAAUUACUUGUGUCAUGCACAAAGUAGAUGUCCUAACCGACUUGCCAAAACGAUAGUUUGUUAACAAGACAUUUGUGGAGUGGUUGAAAAACAAGUUUCAAUGACUCCAACCUAAGUGUAUGUAAACUUCCGACUUCAACUGUACUUACACUGACACCCCAACACACACACACACGCGCACACACACAUUACAUGCACACACGUAUACUGUCGCCACACACUCACACACAUUUUCACAUUGACUACUUAUGCUGCUGCUACUGUCUUAUCUAUCCUUUUGCCUUGUCACUUUACCCCUACCUAUAUGUACCUAUAUGAACCUUGGCGUGACCCUGGACAACACCCUGUCGUUCUCCGCUAACAUCAAAGCGGUGACCCGAUCCUGCAGGUUCAUGCUGUACAACAUUUGCAGAGUACGACCCUACCUUACACAGAAAGCGGCACAGGUCCUAAUCCAGGCACUUGUCAUCUCCCGUCUGGAUUACUGCAACUCGCUGUUGGCUGGGCUCCCUGCCUGUGCCAUUAAACCCCUACAACAUAUCCAGAACGCUGCAGCCCAUCUGGUGUUCAACCUUCCCAAGUUCUCUCAUGUCACCCCGCUCCUCCGCACACUCUACUGGCUUCCAGUUGAGGCUCGCAUCUACUACAAGACCAUGGUGCUUGCCUACGGAGCUGUGAGGGGAACGGCACCUCCUUACCUUCAGGCUCUGAUCAGACCCUACACCCAAACGAGGGCACUACGUUCAUCCACCUCUGGCCUGCUAGCCCCCCUACCUCUACGGAAGCACAGUUCCCGCUCAGCCCAGUCAAAGCUAUUCGCUGCUCUGGCACCCCGAUGGUGGAACAAGCUCCCCCAUGCUGCCAGGACAGCGGAGUCACUGACCACCUUCCGGAGACACUUGAAACCCUACCUCUUUAAGGAAUACCUGGAAUAGUAUAAAGUAAUCCUUCUUCCCCCACCCCCCAUUAAAAAUAAAUAAAUAAAAAGUGGUUGUCCCACUGGCUAUCAUAAGUUGAAUGCACCAAUUUGUAAGUCGCUCUGGAUAAGAGCGUCUGCUAAAUGAUGUAAAUGUAAAUGUAAGUAGCUCACAGUUUUUAGUUUGUGUGUCACCUGGAACCAGUGGCCCAGAGUCACCUCUCGGCUCUUUGGUUGUUUCUACUCCCCAGUUUACCGCAGAUCUCUGUUCAUUGGUUGGUUCUUCUCCCCAGCUUUCCUCAGAUCUCUGUUCAUUGGUUGGUUCUUCUCCCCAGGAUGCCUCAGCUAUGUCACACUGUGGUGCGGUGUUUUCUGUGGACACAUCUGACUGAGUUAUUUGAAUGGGGGUAAAGUAAUGAUAAACGGUCUGUUAGUUAGUAGUAAGGUUAUAUCAAAUUAAAUAUUGUUUCAGGAGUUGCCUGUCCAAAUCCAAAAUUGUGUGCCUGUGUGUCUGCAUGUACAAUGUGCGUGUCAGCGAUUGUUUGUGUAAGUGUCAGCGAGUGGGUGUGUGUUUGUGAUAGGGCUGGGCGAUAUAUAAAAUGAAUUAGAUUAAUUAGAAUGUACAGUGCCUUCGGAAAGUAUUCAGACCCCUUGACUUUUUCCACAUUUUGUUACGUUACAGCCUUAUUCUAAAAUUGAUUUAAAAAAGUAUAUAUCCUCAGCAAUCUACACACAAUAACCCAUAGUGACGAAGCGAAAACAGGUUUUUAGAACGUUUUGCAAAUUUAUUAAAAAUAGAAAACAAAAAUACCUUAUUUACAUAAGUAUUCAUACCCUUUGCUAUGAGACUUGAAUUGAUCCUAGAGCUGGCCGCCCCGCCAAACUGAGCAAUCGGGGGAGAAGGGCCUUGGUCAGGGAGGUGACCAAGAACCCAAUGGUCACUCUGACAGAGCUCUAAAGUUCCUCUGUGGAGAUGGGAGAACCUUCCAGAAGGACAACCAUCUCUGCAGCACUCCACCAAUCAGGCCUUUAUGGUAGGAAGCCACUCCUCAGUAAAAGGCACUUGACAGCCGGCUUGACACUUAAAGACUCUCAGACCAUGAGAAACAAGAUUCUCUGGUCUGAUGAAACCAAGAUUUAACUUUUUAGCCUGAAUGCCAAGCGUCACGUCUGGAGGAAACAUGGCACUAUCCCUACGGUGAAGCAUGGUGGUGGCAGCAUCAUGCUGUGGGGAUAUUUUUCAGCGGCAGGAACUGGGAGACUAGAUCGAGCCAAAGAUGAACGGAGCAAAGUACAGAGAGAUCCUUGAUGAAAACCUGCUCCAGAGCGCUCAGGACUUCAGACUGGGGCGAAGGUUCACCUUCCAACAGGACAAUGACCCUAAGCACACAGCCAAGACAACACAGGAGUGGCUUCGGGACAUGUCUCUGAAUGUCCUUGAGUGGCCCAGCCAGAGCCCGGACUUUAACCUGACCAAACAUCUCUGGAGGGACCUGAAAAUAGCUGUGCAGCAACUCCCCAUCCAACCUGACAGAGCUUGAGAGGAUCUGCAGAGAAGAAUGGGAGAAACUCCCCAAAUACAGGUGUGCCAAGCUUGUAGUGUCAUACCCAAGAAGACUCAAGGCUGUAAUCGCUGCCAAAGGUGCUUCAACAAAGUACUGAGCAAAGGGUCUGAAUACUUAUGUAAAUGUGAUAUUUCAAUUUUUUUGUAUUCAUAAAUUAGCAAACAUUUCUAAAAAAAAGUUUUUGCUUUGUCAUUAUGGGGUAUUAUGUGUAGAUUGAUGAGUAAAAAAACGAUUUAAUCAAUUUUAGAAAAAGGCUCUAACCUAAUAAAAUGUUGAAAAAGUCAAGGGGUCUGAAUACUUUCCGAUGUUUUGCGCGAUAUUCCAAAUGCCUGUAUCGCAAGAAUCAAGGUUUUGUUAUUUUUCGUUUUUAUGAGCGUUUAUGUCCGCUUGUUCUCAUGUUGUAUUUUUGGUGUCGUCUCCUUCACUCCUCUGUGCUGUGUACACCUUUCCAUUUAUACCAGAGAUCUGUAUAUAAUGACGAGAUGCACGUCUCUGCCCUAACAAUGGGAGUCGUUGUCCCAUAGAAAUGCAUUGGCCUUAAUUUGGACAGAUUUUAGCGCUUCGCCUCUUCCUCUGGUUUACACACACACCAAGCCCCUCCCCUGCCUCUCACGCCAACAAAGUUGAGAUAUCAGACCUUUCUCUCUGACAAGCGGUUUCAACCCCCUAUUUGUAUUUGAGGUUUGGUCCGACAGAAUCGGUCAUAUGGACACCAAAACACAUUGAGACAUUAUUUUACUGUAAUAGAGGAGACGUUAACUUGUGUUUCAACUACUUAAAUUGGGCGCAGAGCAGAUGCUACUAAAGCGAGAGUAUCAUUGAACAUUGAUUCUGGAAAAUGUAUGCUCAGUUUGUCAGUUUAGCCAAAGACUGAUAUACUAGCUGUCUACUCUAUAAGGAAUUGAAAUAAGGAAUUGGCAAACUGAGAAAUAAGGUAGGCCACUUGAUUUCAACAUCUGAACAAAUUGGACAGGCUAACAUGCUUUUCAAACAGUUGGAGACAGACAGAAGGGUGUGUUCAUAACAAUUCAACUGUUCAACCUUGUUAGCUAGCAAAUAGAUCCAAGUUGGCUAAACUUGAAAUAUAAAGAUUAGCUGGCAAAUCACUAGCACAUGGGCUUAAUAUUGUUAAUAUUGUAAUAUUCUAUAGCCUAAUGCCUGCUACAAGAAGUUAGUCAUUAUUAGUGAAUGUGCAUUAUGCUUGGUUCUAGUUAAAUUUGUAACAAAAAAGGGCAUUUUCAUAGACUUGAAAGCCAGAUCAAUGAUUAUUGCAAAAAAAAGCAGGUUAAACUAUUUUGAUAAAAUAAUUACAUUAUUAGUGGGUCUUAUGGUUGUGCCUAGGUAUAACUUCACACGCCCUGAAUUCAUUAGAUUAUUGCUGACUGUUUGAAAUGCAGUGUAUUAUUUAAAGAAAACAUUUAAAAAAUAGAUAUACACUAAGUAGCAGUUUGCUGCCACCCAUCAUGAAAACAGAGCAGGCUAACACUAGCAGUGCUAGCCCACCAGUGUUUUUUUCCAUGGCUGUGCACAAAUGCGUCAGGUGUGAGACGUUUCCACACAAUCACAAGAUGAACAUAAGGUGGAACUGGAAAAUGGACAGGAAUUUGUCUGCCCUAAAUGCAUCACCAUCAAGCAGCUUAGGGAAGAGAUCCUCCGGCUGUUAGCUCUUCUGCGAGAAAAGGAUAACCUUCCUUCUAAGUACACCGACCUUGCUGUAACCCAGGCAAACCACAUCUCAGUUUUAAAUGCCCCCUAUAGCAAAGCUGUCAAUGAGUCGGGCAGCGUUGAUCUGUCCCAAUCCAACGGACACAUGUUAAGCUCCGCAGCCCAUGGGAGACUGGACACUCGCAAGGCGUAGGAGAUCGGGGAGGCAGUCUGGCCACCCUUUAUCUAUCCGAGAAGGUCCGAUAAAGCUAUCAAACAGCUUUGUCCCACUUGAGAUGGACCUACCAACCCCCGGGAGUCAGCACGGAUCCUGGGUGCAUACCAACAGCCUGCGGCCGCCCAGUGGCACCCUCCCCCACGGCCACCGCAGUUCAGCAGGUUGCUUCCCCAUCGGAUUCCAUCACGUCCACAAUCAUUGUGGGCAGCUCGAUGAUGAGAGAUUUUGGCCAGCCUACGAUCUGUGGACCGAUCAAGGUCCACUGUCACGCUGGAGCCCGUGUCCAUGACAUCAACUCCCUCCUGCCCACGGUUCUGGCCAACUACUCCAACAUUGACACCAUCGUCACUCACGUAGGUUUUAACGACCUUCGUUUUAGGCGAUCUGAGGGAGGACUACAAAAAAAAUGUAAACACCCUUGCUAGCACAGGUAAGAUAAUAAUUAUCUCUGGCCCCCUCCUGUGCUACCGAAGGAGUUCGGAAAGUUUCAGCCGACUCUUUGCCCUGAACGAGUACCUGAAGUAACUUUGCAACGACAGGAAUGUCUCUUUUUGUGACAACUUUGAUUUGCUGUGGUGGGAGCAACCAGCACUUUUUAAAAGAGACGGAAUUCAUCCUAACCACAGCGUUUCCAGGAUUAUUUCCUGCAACAUUGCAAACUGUUUUAGAGAUAGAUGGACAUGUCUGGUAGUGCUCCAGUUCUCCCUGUCAGAAUAAGCAACAGAGGACUUGGAAAUCAACUCCUGUAGAAAUGGCACUAUGGUUAUUGUGAGUAACCUAAUUUAUGUUCCUUUAACUCUGCCUUCUAGUGAGUUUAUACAAACUUUUAUACGUCAGAAAAUGUGGUUGUAACGUUAAUAAUUUGGUUGUUACUCCAUUUGUAACCUCGAGGUAGAUGCCCCAGGGGCAGAAUGGCCCACACUCAUUGAACAUGGCACUUUUAAAUGUUAGAGCAAUCACAAGUAAAACCUUUCUCAUGAAAAACUCAUUACUGAGUGCAAAGUUGAUUGCAUGGCCCCGUGUAGCUCAGUUGGUAGAGCAUGGCGCUUGCAACAGCAGGGUUGUGGGUUCGUUUCCCACGGGGGGCCAGUAUGAAAAUGUAUGCACUCACUAACAGUAAGUCGCUCUGGAUAAGAGCGUCUGCUAAAUGACUAAAAUGUCAAAUGUAAAUGUUUCUCACUGAAACAUGGCUGUCUUCAGACUGUAGUGCUGCUCUUAUUGCAGUCUCCCCCCUGGACUACAGCUUUCCAUACUAUAUCAUGAAAGGGGAAAAGGUGGGGGGACAGCCUCUAUUUUUACUAAUGCUGUGUGACAAUUAGAAAUGCCAGACGGGCUCAUUUUUCUAACUUGAUCACUGUUAAUCAGAAUAAUUCACGAGUGCUCUUCUCGACCAUUGAUGGCCUGAUUAAUCCUACCCCCGCAAACCUAUGUGAACUUUUCUCCACAUCUAAAUGUGUGCUGAGUUUGUGGCAUUUUUCAGAGAUAAGAUAACCAACAUUAUGCUGGGUAUCAGUCAAGCAAGACCUGAUGAGAAGUUUGAUGAUACCUCGCAAAGGCACUAUGGACUUAUUUUUCCCUGGUUGAUACAGACAUGCUCAGGAAAGUGAUAUCACAAUUUAAGCCUUCUACCUGCCUUCUCGAUCCUAUCCCCACCACCUUCUACAAAACAGUUUUUAAUUGCAUAUCUGAAGAAGAGCAAGCUAUUGUUAUCACUCCCUGUUCAUAGCACUUUCCCCACUGCACUAAAAACUGCUAUGGUGAAACCCCUUCUGAAGAAAAGUAAUCUAGAUUCUUUAACUCUUAGCAAUCUUCAGCCAACCUUCCAUUCUUAAGCAAAAUUCUGGGGAAAUUGGUGUUCAAACAGCUAAAUGGUUUUUUGAAGUGCCAACUGUGUUUUGGAAAAAUUCCAAUCUGGUUUUCGUGCCCACCACAACACAGACAGCCUUAGUUAAAGUGGUAAAUGAUCUUAGAGCGAACACAGAUGCCAAACAGCUCUCUGUCCUUGUACUCUUAGAUUUAAAUGCUGCAUUCGACAUUGUUGACCAUGAUGUCCUUCUGGACAGACUGGAGAGGUAGGUUGGCCUCUCCGGUCCAGUUCUAAAUUGGUUUAGGACCUAUUUAACCGGUCGAGAGUUUUUUGUCACCCUUGGUGAACAUAACUCAGAGAAAAUACAUAUCAUAUGUGGCGUUCCACAUGGUUCAAUUUUGGGUCUGCAACUGUUCAGUUUAUACACUACCAGUCAAAAGUUUGGACACACCUACUCAUUCAAGGGUUUUUCUUUAUUUUUACUAUUUUCUACAUUGUAGAAUAAUAGUGAAGACAUCAAAACUAUGAAAUAACACAUAUGGAAUCAUGUAGUAAGCAAAAAAGUAUUAAACAAAUCAAAAUAUAUUUUAUAUUCGAGAUUCUUCAAAUAGCCACCCUUUGCCUUCAUGACAGCUUUGCACACACUUUGCUUUUCCUUAAGAUGCUUUUUAGUUGUUUAGUUUGUCAUUAUUUUGUUUUUUUAUCUUAUGUUUGUUGUGUAGUAAAUAUUUCAGCUUUUAUUUUCAUUGUUUUUAUUAGUUUUUUCCUGUAAAGCACAGUCUGAAAUGUGCUGUAUAAAUAAAGCUUGAUUUGAUUUGAUGACCGAAAGUAUGUGGACACAUGCUCUACCAACUGAGCUACAGGAGGCCUGCAUCUUCUGUAUACCCCCCCUACCUUGUCACAACACAACUGAUUGGCUCAAACGCAUUAAGAAGGACAUUCCACAAAUUAACUUUUAACAAGGCACACCUGUUCAUUGAAAUGCGUUCCAGGUGACUACCUCAUGGAGCUGGUUGAGAGAAUGCCAAGAGUGUGCAAAGCUGUCAUCAAGGAAAAGGGUGGCUUUUUGAAGAAUCUCAUAUAAAAUAUAUUUUGAUUUGUUUAACACUACAUGGUUACUACAUGAUUCCAAAUGUGUUAUUUCAUAGUUUUGAUGUCUUCACUAUUAUUCUACAAUGUAGAAAAUAGUAAAAAUAAAGAAAAACCAUGGAAUGAGUAGGUGUGUCCAAACUUUUGACUGGUACUGUAUAUGUUACCCCUUGGCAACAUUAUCAGAAAGCACAGCAUAGAUUGUCACUGCUACACAGACGACACACAACUUUACAUUUGUGUCACCAGAGGAUUUUAGCUCCACGGAUAAAUUAUUAGACAAUAUUAGUGAUUUCAAUACUUGGAUGGCUCACAGCUUCCUCCAGCUAAAUCAAGACAAGGCCGAGGUACUUAUUGUUGGAGCCAAAGCACAGAGAGAGAAUCUUGCUGCACAUUUUAAUUCACGGGCAAUAGAGCUAAAACACCAGGUAAAAAACCUAGGUGUUAUUUUAGACUGAACUAAAUUUUGAAUCACACAUUAGGAAUGUGACAUAGCUUUUUACCACCUGAGGAACAUUGCUAAGGUGUGUCCGUUUUCUCUCUCAGGCUGAUACAGAGAGACUCAUCCAUGCUUUUAUUACAAGCAGGCUUGACUACUGUAAUUCUCUCCUGUCUGGUCUACCCAAGAAAGCAAUUGGUCAACUGUAAAACAUACAGAAUGCUGCAGCACGGUUACUGACCAAGACCAGACGGAGAGCACACAUUACACCGGUUUUAAGGUCUCUGCACUGGCUGCCUGUGAGUCCAUGAUUGUGCACCCCAUUACAUGUCAGACAUACUUUUAAGUUAAGUACCCAGUAGGUUCCUCAGAUCCUCUGGCACUGGCCUUUUAACUUUCCCAAAGCCUAGGACCAAGAGGCACGGAGAGGCAGCCUUUAGUUAUUAUGCCCCCAGCCUCUGGAAUAGCCUGCCAGAUAACCUGAGGGGGGCUGAAACUGUUGACAUAUUUAAGAGAUCUUAAAACACAUGUUUUUAGCUUUGCUUUUCCUUAAGAUGCUUUUUAGUUGUUCAGUUUGUCAUUAUUUUGUUUUUUAUCUUAUGUUUGUUGUGUAGUAAAUAUUUCAGCUUUUAUUUUCAUUGUUUUUAUUCGUUUUGUUUUCCUGUAAAGCACAUUGCGUUGCAUUCCAUGUCUGAAAUGUGCUGUAUAAAUAAAGCUUGAUUUGAUUUGAUGAACGAAAGUAUGUGGACACCUGCUCGUCGAACAUCUCAUUCCAAAAUCAUGGGCAUUAGUAUGGAGUUGGUACCCCCUUUGCUGCUAUAACAGCCCCCACUCUUCUGGGAAGGCUUUCCACUAGAUGUUGGAACAUUGCUUAUGCCAUUCAGCAAUAAGAGCAUUAGUGAGGUCGGGCACUGAUGUUGGGCGAUUAGGCCUGGCUCGCAGUCGGCGUUCCAAUUCAUCUCAAAGGUGUUAGAUUGGGUUGAGGUCAGGGCUCUGUGCAGGCCAGUCAAGUUCUUCCACAACGAUCUUGAAAAACAAUUUCUGUAUGGACCUCGCUUUGUGCACGGGGGCAUUGUCAUGCUGAAACAGGAAAGGGCCUUACCUAAACUGUUGCGACAUAAUUGGAAGCACAGAAUCAUCUAGAAUGUCAUUCUAUGCUGUAGCGUUAAGAUUUAUCUUCAAUGGAACUAAGAGGCCUAGCCCGUACCAUGAAAAACAGCCCUAGAGCAUUAUUCCUCCUCCACCAAACUUUCCAGUUGGCAGUAUGCAUUUGGGCAGGUAGCGUUCUCCUGGCAUCCGCCAAACCCAGAUUUGUCCGUCUGACUGCCAGAUGGUGAAGCGUGAGUCAUCACUCCAGACGACGCUUGGCAUUGCGCAUGGUGAUCUUAGGCUUGUGUGAGGCUGCUUGGCCAUGGAAACCCAUUUCAUGAAGGUCCCGACGAACAGUUCUUGUGCUGACGUUGCUUCCAGAGGCAGUUUGGAACUUGGUAGUGAGUGUUGCAACCGAAGACAGACGAUUUUUAUGCGCUACGCGCUUCAGCACUUGGCGGUCCCUUUCUGUGAGCUUAUGUGGCCUACCACUUCGCGGCUGAGGUGUUGUUGCUCCUAGACGUUUUCACUACACAGUAACAGCACUUACAGUUGACCGGCGCAGCUCUAACAGGGCAGAAAUGUGACGAACUGACUUGUUGGAAAGGUGGCAUCCUGUGACGGUGCCACGUUGAAAGUCACUGAGCUCUUCAGUAAGGCCAUUAUACUGGCAAUGAUUGUCUAUGGAGAUUGCAUGGCGGUGUGCUCAAUUUUAUACACCUGUCAGCAACGGGUGUGCCUGAAAUAGCAGAAUCCACUAAUUUGAAGGGGUUUCCAGAUACUUUUGUAUAUAUAGUGUAAAUCGUGAAUCGUCCAUAAGUUUGAAAAAAUUGAGAUAUGAUUUUUAGGCCAUAUCGCACAGCCCUAGUUUGUGUGUACUAUGUGUUUGUGUGUGUGUGUGUGUGUGUUAAAGCCAGGUGCUGAGUAUCUCCUCGUUCCUCUCUCUGUCCAGGUGUGGAUCUGCCUCUCCCAGACGUCCAGCAGCAGUCGUCCUCCGGACCUACCAGUGGUGAGCCCAGCCCUGCCAGCCCUGACCGUAGCCCUGCCAGUCCUGAGGCCCCUGGCCCCUCGUCUUCCUCCGGGGGCCGCAGAAACCGCAGCGGGGGAGCCAGGGACGACCGCUACAGAUCAGGUACAGACACACACAUACUGUACAUUUAUACAUGUCACACACACACACAUUCAGAUUCCGAAAACAUGAAGGUCCUCAAUGAGGCAAUGUAUUUAGCAGCAAACACAAUACAUUCAGAGGAAAUCACAGAUUUAGAAGCAACAACAUAGCAAAGGAAACAACGGAAGUAGACUAAGUACAGUGGGGGAAAAAAAAGUAUUUAGUCAGCCACCAAUUGUGCAAGUUCUCCCACUUAAAAAGAUGAGAGAGGCCUGUAGGUACACGUCAACUAUGACAGACAAAAUGAGGGAAAAAAAUCCAGAAAAUCACAUUGUAGGAUUUGUAAUGAAUUUAUUUGCAAAUUAUGGUGGAAAAUAAGUAUUUGGUCAAUAACAAAAGUUUCUCAAUACUUUGUUAUAUACCCUUUGUUGGCAAUGACACAGGUCAAAUGUUUUCUGUAAGUCUUCACAAGGUUUUCACACACUGUUGCUGGUAUUUUGGCCCAUUCCUCCAUGCAUAUCUCCUCUAGAGCAGUGAUGUUUUGGGGCUGUCGCUGGGAAACACGGACUUUCAACUCCCUCCAAAGAUUUUCUAUGGGGUUGAGAUCUGGAGACUGGCUAGGCCACUCCAGGACCUUGAAAUGCUUCUUACGAAGCCACUCCUUCGUUGCCCAGGCGGUGUGUUUGGGAUCAUUGUCAUGCUGAAAGACCCAGCCACGUUUCAUCUUCAAUGUCCUUGCUGAUGGAAGGAGGUUUUCACUCAAAAUCUCACGAUACAUGGCCCCAUUCAUUCUUUCCUUUACAUGGAUCAGUCGUCCUGGUCCCUUUGCAGAAAAACAGCCCCAAAGCAUGAUGUUUCCACCCCCAUGCUUCACAGUAGGUAUGGUGUUCUUUGGAUGCAACUCAGCAUUCUUUGUCCUCCAAACACAACGAGUUGAGUUUUUACCAAAAAGUUCUAUUUUGGUUUCAUCUGACCAUAUGACAUUCUCCCAAUCCUCUUCUGGAUCAUCCAAAUGCACUCUAGCAAACUUCAGACGGGCCUGGACAUGUACUGGCUUAAGCAGGGGGAAACGUCUGGCACUGCAGGAUUUGAGUCCCUGGCGGCGUAGUGUGUUACUGAUGGUAGGCUUUGUUACUUUGGUCCCAACUCUCUGCAGGUCAUUCACUAGGUCCCCCCGUGUGGUUCUGGGAUUUUUGCUCACCGUUCUUGUGAUAAUUUUGACCCCACGGGGUGAGAUCUUGCGUGGAGCCCCAGAUCGAGGGAGAUUAUCAGUGGUCUUGUAUGUCUUCCAUUUCCUAAUAAUUGCUCCCACAGUUGAUUUCUUCAAACCAAGCUGCUUACCUAUUGCAGAUUCAGUCUUCCCAGCCUGGUGCAGGUCUACAAUUUUGUUUCUGGUGUCCUUUGACAGCUCUUUGGUCUUGGCCAUAGUGGAGUUUGGAGUGUGACUGUUUGAGGUUGUGGACAGGUGUAUUUUAUACUGAUAACAAGUUCAAACAGGUGCCAUUAAUACAGGUAAUUAGUGGAGGACAGAGGAGCCUCUUAAAGAAGAAGUUACAGGUCUGUGAGAGCCAGAAAUCUUGCUUGUUUGUAGGUGACCAAAUACUUAUUUUCCACCAUAAUUUGCAAAUAAAUUCAUUAAAAAUCCUACAAUGUGAUUUUCUGGAUCUUUUUGUCUCAAUUUGUCUGUCAUAGUUGACGUGUACCUAUGAUGAAAAUUACAGGCCUCUCUCAUCUUUUUAAGUGGGAGAACUUGCACAAUUGGUGGCUGACUAAAUACUUUUUUCCCCCGCUGUAAGUGCAAUUUCAUAAAAAUGACACAGACCUCUAACAUGCAUGGCACCACAGUAGGAGUGGGAUGUCUGGGAGCUGCUGCCUUGCGUAGGGAUAGUGGUUGGUUCGGAUUGUGACCGAGGAGUCUAGUGGACAACAGUUGGUGCAGUGACUGACCUGGUUUUUCCAUCCCUGUUUUUCAGUCUGUCCUCAUCUUGUUCUCAUUCUUCCUCUCCCUCUCUGUCAGAUAUCCACACGGAGGCGGUACAGGCAGCGUUGGCCAAACACAAGGAGGAGAAGAUGGCGCUGCCCAUGCCCACCAAGCGCCGCUCAGCCUUCGUCCAGUCACCUGUAGACAACUGCACCCCUCCAGGUCAGUGCCAUAGAGAUCAAACUAUGUUCUAUGUUUGAGGGUUGGGGUCAAUUCCAUUUCAGUUCCACACAAUUCAGGAAGUACACUGAAAUUCCAAUUCUCUUCAAUGCUUUUCAAUGAGGAGAAUUUGGAAUUGGAAUUUGGUUUACUUUAUGAAUUGAAAUGGAAUUGACCCCAGCCCUGCCAUGUUUAAGUAGUACACUGUAGUGGUCAAUAACUAACCCUGGUCCUGGAGAGCUACAAUACAGGGUGCGCACUGUGCAGGCUUUAGUUCCAGCCCGCUACAAAGCUCACCACACGUCAUCUGCUAAUACAUCUCGUUCUGUCUCCGUCAGACACAUCGUCAGCAUCUGAGGACGAGGGUUCUCUGCGUCGCCAGGCGGCUCUGAGUGCAGCGCUGGCCCAGAGUCUCCAGAGCCCAGACUACUGGAUCAACCGCUCAGUGCAGAGCUCCUCCACCUCCUCCUCCGCCUCCUCCACCCUGUCCCACGGAGAAAAUAAGACUCAGCCGACCUCCGCGCUAGCCGACAUACUGGCAAGCACACGCAUAGGUAACACACACUCUGUAAACACACACACACAUAACCCACAAAUAGGUAACACACACACUCUGUAAACACACACAACCCACACAUGGGUAACACACACUCUGUAAAUACACACACAUAACCCACACAUAGGUAACACAUACUCUCUGUAAACACACACACAUAACCCACACAUGGGUAACACACACUCUGUAAAUACACACACACAACCCACACAUAGGUAACACACACACUCUGUAAACACACACACAUAACCCACACAUAGGUAACACACACACUCUGUAAACACACACACAUAACCCACACAUGGGUAACACACACUCUGUAAACACACACAUAACCCACACAUAGGUAACACACACUCUGUAAACACACACAUAACCCACACAUAGGUAACACACACUCUGUAAACACACACAUAACCCACACAUAGGUAACACACACACAACCCACACAUAGGUAACACAUACACAACCCACACAUAGGUAACACACACACCCUGCAAACACGUAAUCCAUAUUCCGCACACGCAUUGGUGCACCUGACUCACACACACACACACGGGCGCGCGUGCACACACAUAACAACCCUUCAUACCCUCAGAGACACUCUUCCUAAAUGAACACGUAUUGUCUGUAGCUCCACAGCUUUAGGUAAGUUUACCUCGGAGUAUUUAACCUCCUUUUCCCUGCUCCCCUUCUCCUCCAGAGAACAGUAUCCCCCCAGAUGUGACCUCCUACACCCCUGAGAGGGGUUCAAGGGUGGACUCCAGGGUGGACCUGCCCCCCAAUGCUAUGCCCAGGGUGAUGCCCCGAGGACAGAGCCGCACCAGCAUGCUGGAUACCACCGCUGACGGUAUGCACACACACACUGUAGAGCAACAACCACACUCUGUGGAACACACUGUAGAGCAACAACCACACACUGUAGAGCAACAACCACACACUGCGGAACACACUGUAGAGCAACAACCACACACUGCGGAACACACUGUAGAGCAACAACCACACACUGCAGAACACACUGUAGAGCAACAACCACACACUGCGGAACACACUGUAGAGCAACAACCACACACUGCGGAACACACUGUAGAGCAACAACCACACACUGCGGAACACACUGUAGAGCAACAACCACACAAUGCAGAACACACUGUAGAGCAACAACCACACACUGCAGAACACACUGUAGAGCAACAACCACACACUGCGGAACACACUGUAGAGCAACAACCACACACUGCAGAACACACUGUAGAGCAACAACCACACACUGCAGAACACACUGUAGAGCAACAACCACACACUGCAGAACACACUGUAGAGCAACAACCACACACUGCAGAACACACUGUAGAGCAACAACCACACACUGCGGAACACACUGUAGAGCAACAACCACACUGCGGAACACACUGUAGAGCAACAACCACACACUGCAGAACACACUGUAGAGCAACAACCACACAUUGUGGAACACACUGUAGAGCAACAACCACACACUGCGGAACACACUGUAGAGCAACAACCACACACUGCGGAACACACUGUAGAGCAACAACCACACACUGCGGAACACACUGUAGAGCAACAACCACACCGUGGAACACACUGUAGAGCAACAACCACACACUGCGGAACACACUGUAGAGUAACAACCACACACUGCGGAACACACUGUAGAGCAACAACCACACUGUGGAACACACUGUAGAGCAACAACCACACACUGCGGAACACACUGUAGAGUAACAACCACACACUGCGGAACACACUGUAGAGCAACAACCACACACUGCGGAACACACUGUAGAGCAACAACCACACAGUGCGGAACACACUGUAGAGCAACAACCACACACUGCAGAACACACUGUAGAGCAACAACCACACACUGCGGAACACACUGUAGAGCAACAACCACACACUGCAGAACACACUGUAGAGCAACAACCACACACUGCAGAACACACUGUAGAGCAACAACCACACACUGCAGAACACACUGUAGAGCAACAACCACACACUGCAGAACACACUGUAGAGCAACAACCACACACUGCAGAACACACUGUAGAGCAACAACCACACACUGCGGAACACACUGUAGAGCAACAACCACACACUGUAGAGCAACAACCACACACUGCAGAACACACUGUAGAGCAACAACCACACACUGCGGAACACACUGUAGAGUAACAACCACACACUGUAGAGCAACAACCACACACUGUAGAAUAACAACCACACACUGCGGAACACACUGUAGAGCAACAAUCACACACUGCAGAAUGUACGAGCACACACACACACACACGGCAGCAAACUGGUAACACGCAUCAGAAAACCACCACACACACUGCGAUCAUUCACUGUUUUAUCCAUAAUCUCUAGUCUGUAACAUCCUGAAUCUGGUGAUGGUUUGGCUAACUAACAGUAAUCAGGAAUGUGGCUGGCAGUUCAGUGUGUUUACCCAUUGCUUUGUGAUGACUCAUUGCUUGUAGUUGUGAUCCUACCGUGUUUGACAUUGCUAUCGCUGCAUCCCAAAUGACACCCUAUUUCCUACAUAGUGUACUACUUUUAACCAGAGCCCCCUGGUCAAAGUAGUGCACUACAUGUACAGUUGAAGUCGGAAGUUUACAUACCUUAGCUAAAUACAUUCAAACUCAGUUUUUCACAAUUCCUGAUAUUUAAUCCUAGUAAAAAUUCCCUGUCUUAGGUCAGUUAGGAUCACCACUUUAUUUUAAGAAUGUGAAAUGUCAGAAUAAUAGUAGAGAGAAUUAAUUAUUUCAGCUUUUAUUUCUUUCAUCACAUACCCAGUGUGUCAGAAGUUUACAUACACUCAAUUAGUAUUUGGUAGCAUUGCCUUUAAAUUGUUUAACUUGGGUCAAACGUUUUGGGGAUCCUUCCACAAGCUUCCCACAAUAAGUUGGGUGAAUUUUGGCCCAUUCCUCCUGACAGAGCUGAUGUAACUGAGUCAGGUUUGUAGGCCUCCUUGCUCGCACACGCUUUUUCAGUUCUGCCCACACAUUUUCUAUAGGAUUGAGGUCAGGGCUUUGUGAUGGCCACUCCAAUACCUUGACUUUGUUGUCCUUAAGCCAUUUUGCCACAACUUUGGAAGUAUGCUUGGGGUCAUUGUCCAUUUGGAAGGCCUAUUUGCGGCCAAGCUUUAACUUCCUGGCUGAUGUCUUGAGAUGUUGCUUCAAUAUAUCCACAUAAUUUCCAUCCUCAUGAUGCCAUCUAUUUUGUGAAGUGCAUCAGUCCCUCCUGCAGUAAAUACCCCCACAGCAUGAUGCUGCCACCCCUGUGCUUCACGGUUGGGAUGGUGUUCUUCGGCUUGCAAGCCACACCCCUUUUCCUCCAAACAUAACGAUGGUCAUUAUGGCCAAACAGUUCUAUUUUUGUUUAAUCAGACCAGAGGACAUUUCUCCAAAAAGUACGAUCUUUGUCCCCAUGUGCAGUUGCAAACCGUAGUCUGGCUUUUGUAUGGCGGUUUUGGAGCAGUGGCUUCUUCCUUGCUGAGCGGCCUUUCAGGUUAUGUCGAUAUAGGAUUCGUUUUACUGUGGAUAUAGAUACUGUGUACCUGUUCCUCCAGCAUCUUCACAAGGUCCUUUGCUGUUGUUCUGGGAUUGAUUUGCACUUUUCGUACCAAAGUACGUUCAUCUCUAGGAUACAGAACGCGUCUCCUUCCUGAGCGGUAUGACGACUGCGUGGUCCCAUGGUGUUUAUACUUGCGUACUAUUGUUUGUACAGAUGAACGUGGUACCUUCAGGCGUUUGGAAAUUGCUCCCAAGGAUGAACCAGACUUGUGGAGGUCUACAAUUUUUUUCGGAGGUCUUGGCUGAUUUAUUUUGAUUUUCCCAUGAUGUCAAGCAAAGAGUCACUGAGUUUGAAGGUAGGCCUUGAAAUACAUCCACAGGUGCACCUCCAAUUGACUUCUAAAGCUAUGACAUCAUUUUCUGGAAUUUUCCAAGCUGUUUAAAGGCACAGUCAACUUAGUGUAUUUAAACUUCUGACCCACUGGAAUUGUGAUACAGUGAAUUUUAAGUGAAAUAAUCUGUCUGUAAAGAAUUGUUGGAAAAAUGACUUGUGUCGUGCACAAAGUAGAUGUCCUAACCGACUUGCCAAAACUAUAGUUUGUUAACAAGACAUUUGUGGAGUGGUUGAAAAACAAGUUUUAAUGACUCCAACCUAAGUGUAUGUAAACUUCCGACUUCAACUGUAUAUAGGGAUUGGAACCCUACCUAUGUGAAUCCAUCAGGAUGAUUUGGGUGCUCAUGCGCAUAUAAACCUCCCUAUUUCUUAAUAGUCUAUUUUUAUUCAGACAUAAUGACACACUGAGAAGACAUAAUAACAUUGAAUGAAUCUCACUCACUCUCAUCCCCAUUCCAGGCGUUGUGUUGGGAAUGCUGCUAACAUACUAUAUUUUGUUCUUUUUUGGGGUGGUCCCUUUUUCCGCCGUACGUGUCGUGUCGUUCAUAAAAAAAAAGGAAAGAGGAAAGGUAAUAUGAAUCAAAAUGGGACGGGGCGAUGGAAGGAACAAUUCCAAUCAGCUUGCUUUUUCACCUCGUCUGUCGCCUGUUCGUCCUGUCUGUCCAUCUACUCUUCACAGAGAGAAAUAUCUUCUGUUUUUGACCCAGAAUAAAGUUGUAUCUACCUGUUGUGUGUGAGCAUUUGUGUCCGUUUGUGCGUGCUUGCCUAUUUAAUGUCUGAGUGUAUGAGUGUGUGUGUCUGUCAUUGUGUGUUUGUGUGCGAUUGUGACUGUGUGUGUUGUGUGUCUAUGAUCGUGUGUGAUUGUCUGCCUCUACCUCUGUGCUCUCCAGGUGUGCCAGUGAACAGCCGUGUUUCCACUAAGAUCCAGCAGCUGCUCAACACUCUGAAGCGGCCCAAGAGACAAGCGCUCAGUGAGUUCUUCCUGGACGACUCCGAGGAGAUUGUAGAGGGUAAGAAGCACAGAGAGGACCUGCUCCAAGACUUCCAUUCCAUAAAAUACAAUACUUCCAUUCCAAUACUUACAGCGGCUUCAGAAAGUAUUCACACACCUUGACUUUUCCACAUUUUGUUGUGUUACAGCCUGAAUUUAAAAUGGAUUAAGAUAUUUUGUGUCACUGUCCUACACACAAUACCCCAUUAUGUCAAAGUGGAAUUAGAAAUUUUUAGAAAUUAAUUAAAAAUUAAAAGCUGAAAUGUCUUGAGUCAACAAGUAUUCAACUCCUUUGUCAUGGCAAGCCUAAGUAAGUUCAGGAGUUCAGUUGCUUAACAAGUCACAUAAUAAGUUGCAUGGACUCGCUUAGUGUGCAAAAAUAGUGCUUAACAAGAUCUUUGAAUGACUACCUAUCCCACACAUACAUUUAUCUAUCCAGCAGUGAAUUUCGAACACAGAUUCAACCACAAAGACCAGGGAGGUUUUCCAAUGCCUCACAAAGAAGGGCACCUAUUGGUAGAUGGGUAUAUAAAAAAAAGCAGACAUUUAAUAUCCCUUUGAGCAUGGUGAAGUUAUUAAUUACACUUUGGAGGGUGAUAAUGACAUUGCUCAUCCAUAUAUUUAUAUAUUCUUAUUCCAUUCCUUUACUUAGAUUUGUGUGUAUUAGGUUUUUGUUGUGGAACUGUUAGAUAUUACUUGCUAGAUAUUGCUGCACUGUCAGAACUAGAAGCACAAGCAUUUAGCAACACUCGCAAUAACAUCUGCCAACCAUGUGUAUGUGACCAAUAAAUUGUAUUUGAUUUGAUCAAGACACCCAGUCACUACAAAGAUACAGGCGUCCUUCCUAGCUCAGUUGCCGGUGAGAAAGGAAACCGCUCAGGGAUUUCACCAUGUGGCCAAUGGUGACUUUAAAACAGUUACAGAGUUUAAUGGCUGUGAUAGGAGAAAACUGAGGAUGGAUCAACAACAUUAUAGUUACUCCACAAUACUAACCUAAUUGACAAGAAGGAAGCCUGUACAGAAUUUAUAAAAUCCAAAACAUGCAUCCUGUUUGCAAUAAGGCACUAAAGUAAUACUGCAAAAAAAAAUGUUUGGUGAAAUACAACACAUUACUAAGUACCACUGUCCAUAUUUUCAAGGAAAUUCACCUUUCAGCAGGACAAUAACCUAAAACACAAAGCCAAAUCUACACUGGCGUUGCUUACCAAGAAGACAGUUUUGACUUAAAUUUGCUAGAAAAUCUAUGGCAAGACCUGAAAAUGUUUUGUCUAGCAAUGAUCAACAUCCAAUUUGACAGAGCUUGAAGAAUUUUGAAAAUAAUAAUGGGCAAAUGUUGCACAAUCCAGGCGUGGAAAGCUCUUAGAGACUUACCCAGAAUGACUCACAGCUGUAAUCGCUGCCAAAGUAUUUACUCAGGGGUGUGAAUACUUAUGUAAAUGAACUAUUUCUGUAUUGAACUAUUUCUGUAUUUCAUUUUCAAUACAUUUGCAACAAUUUCAAAAAACAUGUUUUCACUGGGAUUGUGUGUAAAUGGGUGAGGAAAAAAAAUCAAUUUAAUCCAUUUUGAAUUCAGGCUGCAACACAACAAAACGUGGAAUAAGUCAAGGGGUAUCAAUACUUUCUGAAGGCACAGUAAAUUCAAAUACUUACAUUCCAUUGAAUACAUCCAUUCCUCAUCCCUGUCUCCUCCCCUCUCCGUAGUGCCCCAGCCGGACCCCAACACCCCCAGGCCAGAGGGCCGUCAGAUCAUCCCAGUGAAGGGGGAGCCCCUGGGGGUGGUCAGUAACUGGCCCCCGGCCCUCCAGGCGGCCCUGGCACGCUGGGGGGCCACACAGGCCAAGAGCCCCGCUCUCACCGCCCUGGACGUUACCGGAAAACCCCUCUACACGCUGACAUAUGGUAGGUCUCACCGUUUUAAAUGGAUCUAUACUCCCUCUAUAGCAGGGAAUAGGGAACAUUUUAUUUUUGAUUUAACCUUUAUUUAACUAGGCAAGUCAGUUAUUCAAAUUCUUAUUUACAAUGACGGCCUACGAAGAGGCAAAAGGCCUCCUGCGGGUACGGGGGAUAAAAAAUAUAAAUGUAGGACAAAACGCACAUCACGACAAGAGAGACACCACAACACUACAAAAAGAAAGACCUAAGAUAACAACACAGCAUGAUGAGGGCUGCAGUAGGUAUCUCAGAUGGGGGGAGUGAGGCCUAAGAGGGUUUUAUAAAUAAGCAUCAACCAGUGGGUCUUGCGUCAGGUAUACAGAGAUGACUAGUCUCCCGAGUGGCGCAGUGGUCUAAGGCACUGCAUCGCAGUGCUAGCUGUGCCACUAGAGAUCCUGGUUCGUAUCCAGGCUCUGUCGUAGCCGGCCACGACCGGGAGACCCAUGGGGCGGCGCACAAUUGGCCCAGCGUCGUCCAGGUAGGGGAGGGAAUGGCCGGCAGGGAUGUAGAGCAUGGCGUUUGCAACGCCAGGGUUGUGGGUUCAAUUCCCACAGGGGGGCCAGUAUAAAAAAAAAUAAGAUAAUGUAAGUCGCUCUGGAUAAGAGCAUCUGCUAAAUGACUAAAAUGUAAAUGACCAGUCUACAGAGGAGUAUAGAGUGCAGUGAUGUGUCCUAUAAGGAGCAUUGGUGGCAAAUCUGAUGGCCGAAUGGUAAAGAACACCUAACCGCUCGAGAGCACCCUUACCUGCCGAACUAUAGAUUACGUCGCCGUAAUCUAGCAUGGGUAGGAUGGUCAUCUGAAUCAGGGUUCGUUUGGCAGCUGGGGUGAAAGAGGAGCGAUUACGAUAGAGGAAACCAAGUCUAGAUUUAACCUUAGCCUGCAGCUUGGGAUAUGUGCUGAGAGAAGGACAGUGUACUGUCUAGCCAUACUCCCAAGUACUUGUAUGAGUUGACUACCUCAAGCUCUAAACCCUCAGAGGUAGUAAUCACACCGGUGGGGAGAGGGACAUUCUUCUUACCGAACCACAUUACCUUUGUUUUGGAGGGGUUCAGAACAAGGUUAAGGGCAGAGAAAGCUUGUUGAACACUAAGAAAGCUUUGUUGUAGAGCAUUUAACACAAAAUCCUGGGAGGGACCAGCUGAGUAUAAGACUAUCAUCUGCAUAUAAAUGGAUGAGCGUGCUUCCUACUGCCUAAGCUAUGUUGUUGAUGUAAAUUGAGAAGAGCGUGGGGCCUAGGAUCGAGCCUUGGGGUACUCCCUUGGUGACAGGCAGUGGCUGAGACAGCAGAUGUUCUGACUUUAUACACUGCACUCUUUGAGAGAGGUAGUUAGCAAACCAGGCCAAAGACCCCUCAGACACCAAUACUCCUUAGCCGACCCACAAGAAUGGAAUGGUCUACCGUAUUAAAAGCUUUGGCUAAGUCAAUAAAAAUAUAGAAAUUGGCCUAUAACAGUUAGAAUCAGCUUGAUCUCCCCCUUUAAAUAAAGGACGCACCGUGGCUGCCUUCCAAGCAAUGGGAACCUCCCCAGAGAGGAGAGACCGGUUAAAAGGUUCAGAGAUAGGCUUAGCGAUUAUAGGGUCUGCAACCUUAAAGAAGAGAGGAUCUAAACCAUCUGACCCACAUGUUUUUUUGGGGUCAAGUUUAAGGAGCUCCUUUAGCACCUCACUCAGUGACCGCCUGCAGGGAGAUGCAGUGUAGCGGGGCAGGGGAAAAAGAGGGAGGAGCAUCGGGGCUAGUCGCAUUAGAAGGGCUAGGAGAUGAGCAAAUGUUGGACGGGCAAGGAGGCAUGGCUGAGUCAAAUAGGAAUCCUGACUUAAUGAAGUGUUGAUUAAAGAGCUCAUCCAUGCGCUCCUUGUCAGUAACAACCAGAUCAUCAACAUUAAGGGACAUGGGCAGCUGUGAGGAGGAGGGUUUAUUCUCCAGGUCUUUCACCGUUUUCCAGAACUUCUUGGGGUUAGACCCACAGAGAGAGAACUGCUCCUUAAAGUAACUAACUUUGGCCUUCCGGAUAGCCUGAGUGCACUUAUUUCUCAUUUGCCUGAACGACAGCCAGUCAGCCUGAGUAUUUAUGUGCCGAGCCUUUCGCCAAAUGGUGUUCUUGAGGUGGAGUAACUCUGCCAGAUCACUGUUGAACCAGGGGCUGAACCUGUUUCUAAUUCUCAUUUCUCUUUAUGUGGGCGUGUUUGUUAACAAUACCACAGAAAAUCUUUAAAAAAGAAGGUCCAAACGUCUUCGACAGAGGGGAUCAAGCUGAUUCUAUACCAAUUUACAGAGGCCAGGUCAUGAAGGAAGGCUUGCUCAUUAAAGUUUUUCAGCAAGCGUCUAUGACAAAUCAGGACAGGUCGUUUAACUGAGCAGCCAUUACGAACACAUGCUAUAAAACAGUGAUCACUAAGGUCAUUACAGAAAACACAAGACUGAUACCUAUCAGGAUUAUUUGAGAGGAUAACAUCAAGGAGUGUAUCCUUUUCUGGGUGUUUGGAGUCAUACCUUGUGGGAUUGGUAAUAAUCUGAGAGAGAUUUAGGAAGUCCCAUUAUUUUAGGACUUGGUCAGGUGGUUUAAGCAUGUCCCAGUUUAGGUCACCUAGCAGGACAAAUUCAGACUUAGUGUAAGGGACCAGGAGAGAGCUUAGGGCAGGUAGGGUACAGGCCGGUGCUGAUGGUGGACGAUAACACCCAGCAACAGUCAACAAAGAGCUAUUUGAAAGCUUAAUGCUUAAAACCAGCAAAUCUAAUUGUUUGGGGACAGACCUGGAGGAGACAACAGAGCACUGAAGGUGUUCCUUGGUAAAGAUUGCCACUCCACCACCUUUGGAAGAUCUGUCUUGCCGAAAAAGUUUAUAACCAGAAAGGUUAACAUCAAGUGUUCAAAACACUCUUUCUUAACAACAUCUCAGUAAUGACCAACACAUCUGGAUUGGAGCUGUGAACCCACACUUUCAUUUGAUACAUUUUAGGUAAUAAGCUUCUAGUGUUAAUGUGCAGAAAACCCAGGCUUUUACGAGAGCAGAAAUCAGUGAAGCAGAAAUCUGAGCACAAGUCAGAAUUGGGGCUAACAACAGGGUGUACAUGCACAUUUCCAGAUGUCAUCAGCAGUAAUACAAUCAGGGCACAGCAGAGGACAGGGAGAGCUCUGCAGUAUUGAUUUUUUAUGACAUUUGAAUGUGCAUCAGAUGGUAACAAGAUCCUAUUGUUCAGCAAAUUCAUCAGGUAACGGGAAUACAAAGCUGGCGAGAGGUGGUUAGAAUAGGAUGGGAGGCCAAGAGUCUGUGUAACCAAUAGAGAGUCGCGAGUGUGGGAACAAACAUUGUCUUUCCCACGGUCGGGUAAACAAGCAAGUUCAUAGUGAACAACGCACGCAGGAGUCAAAGGGCAAAUAGCAUAAAGCACAAGAAAAUAAUCAAACGACUUGGGGCUAGCCAUUGAAGUUCAAAGAGUCACUCGCCCCAACAAGAAACUUGAGAGAGUAGCUCACUAUGAGUCCAGUAGGCUAUAAAAGUCUGAGAUAAAAUAAAUAAAUAGUAGGCCUAUACUAAUUAAUUAAAGCAUUUGAGUAAGCUCACAUAAUAAGCUUCACAGGUAAAUUAGCCUACAUAAAAUUCAGAUCAAUCCAAAGUCUGCGGUGUGUGUGUAUGUGCGUGUGUGCUGGAGGCGAGUGAAAGCUCGGGAGAGAGGGGGCAGUGUGGCGGGGGUACCUGUACCAGACAGGGGGAGACAGGCCAGGGCAGACGGGGAACAGAUCGGCGGGUGGGAUCCAAGCAGCAGGCAACGGGAGUAGGUGUCACACCCGCUUGGGAGAAGCUUUUUGGGGGGAACUGAGUAGGAGAGGAGGCGUUCAACCUUACCAGACAGGUGCGUGUUAGAGCAGAUAAAAACGUCCGAAGUGAGACCGUGGUAAAGUUGGCUUGAGUUUCGAUAUUCGCCAGACAUUCGGGCCUUCAAACAUCAAUCGACCUGAGAUGUGGGUGUUCUACACGCAACAUGGUAGGGGGCUUCCCAGUCAUUACAAGUGUAACAUGAAACCCACAGACCUGGAGGACGCUGCUGCCAACCGCUCCACCUGCCGGCAGCUCUGCCAGAGCGGUGUACAGAGGUGGGAGGAGGAUUGCAGGUGUCUCAAAUCGGACUUCUUCAGUUUAUGACUCAUGCUAUGUAGUUCGUCUACACAAAAGAUCACACUCCUCUCAGUCAAUCUAUGGAGAGCUCAAGUCGUUUAGUCUCCUCUAAGAAAUUGCUCUUGUGACCAUGGUGUAUCUCCCCUUCUCUCUCUCUCUCAGGUAAACUGUGGAGCCGCAGUCUGAAGCUGGCCUACACUCUGUUAAACAAACUGGGCACCAAGAACGAGCCUGUCCUGAGACCUGGAGAUAGGGUACGUGGCCAAAACACACAGCCAUUCACAAGGGAUGACAGAUGCACUUUAGAAAACAGAAAAUACUUAUACUCUUCCCUUCUUCACACUUUACCACUUUGAUUGAUUGGUCUUUAUUCAAAAACAUGCACAGACGACACAAUACAUAAUGUAAGAUAUUCCCAUUGUGACGCGCUGUACUCUUUCUGAAACUGUACUGUGUGUCUAUGUCCCCUAGGUGGCGCUGGUGUACCCCAACAGUGACCCUGCGAUGUUCUGGGUGGCCUUCUAUGGCUGUCUCCUAGCAGAGGUCAUCCCUGUAGCCAUAGAGGUGCCACUGUCUCGACAAGUAAGGAAAAGGAUGUUGAGUGUUUUAUAGUGACAUCAUUAGAUGGGAAUUAGCUAUGUAGCUCAAUCUCAUGGAAUAUUUGGUUCCUGACAAAUAACCAAAUCAAAUCAGAGUAGCAUAAAUUCAGCUUUCAGUCACUAUGCAGUAGACAUGGGCCAGUUCUUACCAGCUAUAGCCGCACAAACAACAUAGCUGGAUUCAAGUGGUUACCUGACUCAUUAUAGACCGACAGUGGCGGUGUAGUUUUUCUGUCGAUUUGUAAUGGUUACCUUUGUGUUUCACAUCCCAGGACGCAGGCAGUCUUCAGAUUGGCUUCCUAUUGGGCAGCUGUGGCGUAGGCCUAGCCCUGACUAGCGAGAUCUGUCUCAAAGGACUGCCCAAGACACCCCAGGGAGAGAUCAUGCAGUUCAAAGGUCAGCACACACACAUGCACACAUGCAAACACACACACAAACACACCACAAAAGCUCCACUGCAGUCGUCACCCCUCUCACUCUCUCUGGGACUCAUUAGCUAGACACAUUAGGAGGAACCCGUUGUCCAUUAUAAUGUUUAUGUGUAGGUAGAUGUCAAUUUGUACAUCCAUUGUCCCAUAUGAACGAAACAAGAGGCCUACACACUAAUGGUCCUAAUACCACCUUUUAAUAGCUACAACGUUUCGAUCCAAGGUGGAUCUUUGUUCAGUCGUCAAACUGACUUCUAGUAUUGUCCUGUGUAUGCUGAUGAUGUUGUUGUUCUGCCUCCCAGGUUGGCCCCGUAUGAAGUGGGUUGUGACAGACACCAAGUACCUGACCAAGCCCUCGAAAGACUGGCAGCCCCACAUCCCCACUGCCAACACAGACACAGCUUACAUCGAGGUGAGACCAGCGUCCUUGUGGGAAGUGUACAGACCAUUAUGUGUGUAUUUGAUGGAAAUGUGUGUUUUUUUUCUUGUUUGUCUUUCUGUUUAUGUCGUGUAGCGCAGAUUUAUUUUGUGAAUGAACUCAACUCUAUGACUGAUUGUGUGUUGUGUUGUGCUCUCCCAGUACAAGGCCAGUAAAGAGGGGACAGUGAUGGGAGUAGCAGUGUCCAAGAUAGCCUUGUUGACCCACUGUCAGGCCCUGACACAGGCCUGCAACUACUGUGAAGGUCAGUACAUGAAAACACACACAGACACAUAUUGUCUUAGUGACAAUAUAUCUACACAAGCCCUCUUAGUAACCUAGAUACACAUCGAUGACCAAAACGAGUUUGUUAAGCAAGGAGGAACAGAAAGAAGCUAAGGGAGCUGGAACCUUUGGAGGGGGUUAGGGUAAUGUUGUUACUCUUGUCUUCACCACGGAUACUCACGCUAAGGUUAAAUCAUUGAUCAGGCCUGAGGCCUCUUCUCCUGUACUCUCUCUCUCGUAGAAGAAGCCCUCUCUCUCUCUCUCUCUCUCUCCGUCUUUCUGUCUCUCUCUCUUCUCUCCUCUCCUCUCUCUACUCAGAUCAGCUGUUAGACAAAGGGAACUUGAGCCUCUGUGUCUCAGAGAACAUUAGAUCCUGUGAGGGGAAUCCACAGAGGCAGGCAGCAAGACUGUUCCUGGAACACUGUGUUUCCCUGUCCAUAAUUAGUUUAGCUUUAUUGUAGCCUACAGACUUACAGUGAGGGAAAAAAGUAUUUGAUCCCCUGCUGAUUUUGUACGUUUGCCCACUGACAAAGAAAUGAUCAGUCUAUAAUUUUAAAGGUAGCUUUAUUUGAUCAGUGAGAGACAGAAUAACAACAACAAAAUCCAGAAUAACGCAUGUCAAAAAUGUUAUAAAUUGAUUUGCAUUUUAAUGAGGGAAAUAAGUAUUUGACCCCCUCUCAAUCAGAAAGAUUUCUGGGUCCCAGGUGUCUUUUAUACAGGUAACGAGCUGAGAUUAGGAGCACACUCUUAAAGGGAGUGCUCCUAAUCUCAGUUUGUUACCAGUAUAAAAGACACCUCUCCACAGAAGCAUUCAAUCAAUCAGAUUCCAAACUCUCCACCAUGGCCAAGACCAAAGAGCUCUCCAAGGAUGUCAGGGACAAGAUUGUAGACCUACACAAGGCUGGAAUGGGCUACAAGACCAUCGCCAAGCAGCUUGGUGAGAAGGUGACAACAGUUGGUGCGAUUAUUUGCAAAUGGAAGAAACACAAAAUAACUGUCAAUCUCCCUCAGCCUGGGGCUCCAUGCAAGAUCUCACCUCGUGGAGUUGCAAUGAUCAUGAGAACGGUGAGGAAUCAGCCCAGAACUACAUGGGAAGAUCUUGUCAAUGAUCUCAAGGCAACUGGGACCAUAGUCACCAAGAAAACAAUUGGUAACACACUACGCCGUGAAGGACUGAAAUCCUGCAGCGCCCGCAAAGUCCUCCUGCUCAAGAAAUCACAUAUACAGGCCUGUCUGAAGUUUGCCAAUGAACAUCUGAAUGAUUCAGAGGAGAACUGGGUGAAAGUGUUGUGGUCAGAUGAGACCAAAAUCGAGCUCGUUGGCAUCAACUCAACUCGCCGUGUUUGGAGGAGGAGGAAUGCUGCCUAUGACCCCAAGAACACCAUCCCCACCGUCAAACAUGGAGGUGGAAAUGUUAUGCUUUGGGGGUGUUUUUCUGCUAAGGGGACAGGACAACUUCACCGCAUCAAAGGGACGAUGGACGGGGCCAUGUACCGUCAAAUCUUGGGUGAGAACCUCCUUUCCUCAGCCAGGGCAUUGAAAAUGGGUCGUGGAUGGGUAUUCCAGCAUGACAAUGACCCAAAACACACGGCCAAGGCAACAAAGGAGUGGCUAAAGAAGAAGCACAUUAAGGUCCUGGAGUGGCCUAGCCAGUCUCCAGACCUUAAUCCCAUAGAAAAUCUGUGGAGGGAGCUGAAGGUUCAAGUUGCCAAACAUCAGCCUCGAAACCUUAAUGACUUGGAGAAGAUCAGCAAAGAGGAGUGGGAAAAAAUCCCUCCUGAGAUGUGUGCAAACCUGGUGGCCAACUACAAGAAACGUCUGACCUCUGUGAUUGCCAACAAGGGUUUUGCCACCAAGUACUAAGUCAUGUUUUGCAGAGGGGUCAAAUACUUAUUUCCCUCAUUAAAAUGCAAAUCAAUUUAUAACAUUUUUGAAAUGUGUUUUUCUGGAUUUUUUUGUUGUUAUUCUGUCUCUCACUGUUCAAAUAAACCUACCAUUAAAAUUAUAGACUGAUCAUGUCUUUGUCAGUGGGCAAAUGUAGAAAAUCAGCAGGGGAUCAAAUACUUUUUCCCUCACUGUAUCAUGUGAUAUAAAGCUAUUAUUAAAUUCCCUGUGGCAGCCUAGCUAUAUGGAGGAGGUGAUUUUGGUAUCCUUAAGUGUCCAUGUAUCUGUAACCUUUGAAAUGUUUGAAUCCUUCGUGACUGUAAUGUGAUUUGUGGAUUGAAAUAAAGUAUUUCAAUUGAGUGUGUGUGUCCUCUCAGGAGAAACGUUGGUCAACGUGCUAGAUUGUAAGAAGGACAUGGGCUUGUGGCACGGGGUGUUAACCAGUGUGAUGAACAGGAUCCACACCAUCACUGUACCCUACGCUGUCAUGAAGGCCUGUCCCAUGUCCUGGGUGCAGAGGGUCCACAUACACAAAGGUAAGGCUACAGUUAAAUCAAAUCAAAUGCGCCGAAUACAACAGUGAACCGCUUACUUACAAGCCCUUAACCAACAAUGUUAGCAUUUGUAUUGUAAACUGCAUAGAGACUAGCAUCCUAAACUGCAUACUAUGGAUUAAGGUAAUUUGGGUUGGGUUCAUUAGGAGACGUUGUAGCAAAAUGUUUUAAGAUCUUGUCCGCGGGAAAAUGAAAACAAGCGUUUCUUAUUGGACAAAUUCAGAUAUUACCUCUCCGUUUCACUCUGUUUUGGACCGUUUCUUCCAUUUUGUGCCUUAACGAACACAACCUAAAUGUUUGGAAUUAGCAUUAGCACUUGUAUCAUUAACUACUAUGUGUUGAGGUUCUGAGAUGUGUGAGGCUGAGCUGUCCCUACUGUUCCUCCCUCCCUGCAGCACGUGUAGCCUUGGUGAAGUGUCGUGACCUCCACUGGGCUAUGAUGGCUCACAGGGACCAGAGAGACACCAACCUGUCCUCCAUACGCAUGCUCAUAGUAGCCGACGGAGCCAACCCCUGUGAGUCACACACACGUGCGCGCGCUACAGACACAUGGACGCUUCGGACACACACACUCACACACACACACACACAGGGACCAGAGAGACACCAACCUGUCCUUAACCUUUCCUGUGAGUUGCAUAUACAUAACAGCCAUGGCGCAUGAUUGCUUUAUUUAUCUAUUCCCAAGACUAUUAUUUUUCCUUAGAAAGGUACCCUGUGAUUUAGUAUUUGUAAGCUACAGUGCAUCCGCCGGUCAAGAAUCACAUCUAACCUUAUCAAAUUGAUUCCUAAGUACAUUGGAAGUAUAGAAAUGUUUGCAUUGUGUGUGGAUAUUGACGCACACUCACUGUGUUUGUGAUGUCUUUCAGGGUCUGUGUCGUCGUGCGAUGCCUUCCUCAACGUGUUCCAGUCUCAUGGGUUGAAGCCGGAGGUCAUCUGCCCCUGUGCCUCCUCUCCUGAAGCCCUCACCGUGGCUAUACGCAGGUGCUUCACUACACCAGUCCACAGCUACUGAUGCACCGUAUAACUCAUAUAUACUGUACAUACAACCUCUAAGGAAACAUACACACAACACAUUUCCCGUGCUCAUGUAGUAAAUGGACAAUAAAAUGAUGUUCUUCACAACAAUUAUGAAAACGUAUGUCUCCAUGUCUCUCUCACACUCUGUAUUUUCUUUGCCCUUACUCCCCCUCUCCCUCCCUCCCCUUCCAGGCCUGGUGCCCGUGGUGCUGCCCUCCCAGCCAGAGCUAUCCUGUCCAUGGGCGGUCUGAGUCACGGGGUCAUCAGGGUCAACACAGAAGAUAAAAACUCUGCCCUCACUGUACAGGACGUGGGCCAUGUCAUGCCUGGAGGUCAGUGAACUGACUUUACCUCGCACCACACUACAGUACACACGUUUACAUGCUGUUUGUGUACUGUUACUGUUAAAUUCCCUUUAACAGUUGUUCCUCACUGACCUACUUUAUCAGUGGUGGUUUUACUGUCAUGUCAAUGUCACUUCCCUGGUGUUAAUUCUACUUGGCUCAGCGUUUUAGUCAUUGCUUCAAUAAAACAUUGAUUUUAUAUCGCACUUAUCAUGGACCCAAAGACUCUUUGGGAAGUUAGUUUCUAAUGUGUGUUUGCUUUGUGUGUUUUAGCCCUAAUUGUCAUUGUCCUCUUGGGUUUCAGCUCUGAUGUGUAUCGUGAAGCCAGACGGGCCUCCACAGCUCUGUAAGACAGAUGAGAUCGGAGAGAUAGUGUUGAACUCCAGGGCUGGAGGAACCAUGUACUACGGCCUGCCUGGAGUCACCAAGAACACCUUCGAGGUCAGGAGAGGACUGUUUACUGAACUCUCUCAUCAAGCCUCUGCAUCUCUGACCACAGUGUGACGUACUGGCACUGUUCUGUAGCCAUCAACCUAAAAACAUUACUCCUCUGUCAGAGCAUUACACUUCUAAAAGCUCUACCCCACCUUUAUUCUUCACUGGGCAUGGUUGCCUAUGGUCUCUAUACGCUUUAAACUGAGUUGAGGAGUUGUGUUGACAGUAAAAAUGUGUUGUUAAUGUGAUGUUUUGAAAUGAUGGUCAUUAUAACAUAUAUUUAAUACAGGCCCUUCCAUAACCCCCAUAGCUGAACGUGUGUCCCUCUGUCUCCGUGCAGGUGAUUCCUGUGAACCAGGCUGGAGCUCCGAUAGGAGAGAUCCUCUUCACUAGGACUGGUCUUCUGGGCUUUGUAGGACCGGUAAGACAACAUUUAGUCGCCUUGGACUUGCCUCCAAAUUGUAGGACUUGCCAUACUGUCCUAGCCUGGCUGCCAGUCCUUUCUCUUGCCAACUCCUUAUUGAAUUGUCCUGCCAUACAGUCUGGCUGAAUGAUAAAAAGUUCAUACUUAUAGUUUGCAGUGAGGCCAGACAGUUUGGCUUGACACCUAUGGAGUUGGCAAGAGCACAAACAGAUCUGGGACCAGGCAAAUACUGAUCUGGAGAAAUAGAAGAAACAUGUCUAUCUAGAAUUGGCUUCUUGAGGCUAUUGAUGUGCAGUGUGUUAGGACCUUCUCUCUUUCUCACCCCCCGUCCCUCCCUCCCUCCACAGGGCAGUCUGGUGUUUGUAGUGGGGAAGAACGAGGGGCUCCUGACAGUCAGUGGUAGACGACACAAUGCUGAUGACCUGGUGGCCACCGCCCUGGCCGUGGAGCCUGUCAAAACUGUCUACAGGGGGAGGUGGGUGUCGGGGGCUCAGGUUUCUAGUAUGAAUGUACACAUGCUGUGUUCAAGUGUGCUUUUGUUGAAUUGGGGUUUGAGGAGGGAGAUGAGAUGAACAGAAGCCUCUGGGUCCUGUUUAGUAGGCACAACACUGGAGAAAACAUGUUGGAUCAGUUUCAAAUGUAAUCUCUGUGUUGUGCUGACCUUAAGUGAUGUACGAGGGUGGCUUGAGGGUGUGGUAUGAGAGUGUGCGGUGCUGUGUUGGGUCGCGCUGUCCUUCCUCUCGGCACCGGGGCAAGAUCACUGUGUUCCCUGUGACAGUGUUCCCUGGUGUACUGUGUGUUGUGUUGUCGGAGCAUGUUGUUUUUGGUGUUGUGUGUGUGUGUGUGUUAUGGUAGUUCACUGGGUUGUGUGUUAUUGCUGACCGACCCUCUCUCUCCCCUGGUGUAGGAUUGCGGUGUUCUCAGUGACCGUGUUCUAUGACGAGAGGAUAGUGAUCGUAGCAGAGCAGAGACCUGAUGCCAGCGAAGAGGACAGCUUCCAGUGGAUGAGCAGAGUACUACAGGUACCCUGUCACGUCACCUACACGGGAUCUAUGCAUUCAUCUAGAAUAGCAUCUAUCAAUGUGUCUUUCAGUCACAGUUAGUACAUCUAGUCGGUCUAUCUUCUAUCAAUAUGUACACUGUUAUAGUUAGUAGACCUAGCUAAACAUAACCAUCAUGCUGUGUUUUCCUCUGUAGGCCAUAGACAGUAUUCAUCAGGUGGGUUUGUACUGUCUGGCCCUGGUCCCGGCCAACACGUUACCCAAGACCCCGCUGGGAGGGAUCCACAUCUCUGAGACCAAACAGAACUUCCUAGAGGGGAACUUGCACCCCUGUAACAUCCUCCUGUGUCCACACACCUGUGUCACAAACCUGCCCAAACCACGACAGAAACAGCCAGGUAAAGACAAUGGGCUGUCCUGAAUGUUGGGGGAAGGUCAGUUCACGAACUGGCGUGAUUCGGGAUUGUAUCUCGCAUCUUGUACUCUUGUGUGUUUGUAUACACAGCAGGGCGAUAAUGAUGGCUAACCUAGUGUCUCAGUCUUUGCUCUCUUUAUGUAUCUCUGACUCUUCCAUCCUCCUAUCCUGUAUAGUUGGUGUGGGCCCGGCCUCUAUCAUGGUUGGUAACCUGGUAGCGGGGAAGAGGAUGGCCCAGGCUGCAGGCAGAGAGCUGGGGGUGGUGGAGGAGGAGGGCCUGGUCAGGAAGGUAAGACCUAGCAUACCUGGUGAGACUGGUACCUACUGUCUCUCUUCUCUCCUAAUCAGACUGAUGCCUGGAAUAAACCACAUCACAACUGAUUUUACCAGUAAUGACUAAACCGUAUUAUUGUACUAAAGAGCUUGUCCACGCAGACUAAAGCCCUGCCAGGAUCCUUAUAUCUGGUAUGGAGUCAGGGAUGGGUGACUAUUGCUGAUUUCCUGUCCUAAGGUUGUGUUGUGUUCUGUCUUUACUGUUGGUGGCGCUGGUAGCUCUGUUCUUGGCCCACCAUGAUGGUAAGUCAAUCCCUAGCAGAGCUGGGUGUGGCUUCUGCUCCUGUUGCCUCUGUCAGAUGUGCUGCUUUGCAGUGAUAGUCGUUGUGUGUACACCUCUGCUGCAGGCUGUGGUUGAGAAGGGAAGUGUGCAACAGAGAGGUCACUAUAUCAGUGUGUGUUUUUCCUGUGGCUGCUAGCCUGCUACUGUAACUGUACAGUGUCCCUUACCGUCCUGUUCUUGUACCCUGGUCUUUGGUUGUGUGAUCGGCCCUGAACAGUCCUGAACUGAAAUCUGUAAUAUCAGUAUUGAAUGAGCCUGACUGCUCUCACAGCUCACCUCCUCUCUCUCGCUCUCUCCCUCUCCUCUCAGCACCAGUUUCUGUCUGAAGCCUUACAGUGGAGAGCCCAGACCGACCCUGACCACGUCCUCUAUGUGCUGCUCAACGCUAAGGUACACUCAUGUUCACAAGUUUUUUUAUGAGCUUAUAAGCAUUAACAUGGUUGUGUUACGGAGGUAGUUUGGAACCAUGCUCGCUUGAUGAGUAACAUUGUCUGAAAGAUGUGCACUGCCUUUAGCACAGUGGGCUAAUAUUCAGGUACCAUGCAGGAGAUCAGGGUUCGAACCCUGGUCAGUCACUUUCCUGUGAAUUUGAGCUGCAGCUGUUCUGUUGUAUAAGGUAUCUGUUUUCCCCCGUCUGUCCUGCAGGGGGUAGCGGUGUGCACAGCCACGUGUAGUCAGCUGCAUAAGAGAGCAGAGAAGAUAACCUCAGCCCUGAUGGAGAGAGGAGGCCUCAACACUGGAGACAACGUGGUGCUGUUAUACCCCCCUGGUGAGGAGCUACACACACGCACCUGACUGCUGCGACUGCCCUUCCUCACCUCAAUUACAUUUCGGCCUCAGAAUAGUCAGUUAUAUGCUAUUGUUAAAAGUCCCCCCGCCCUUCUCUCUCUCUCUCUCUCCCUCCCUCCCUCCCCCUCCCUCUCCCCAGGCAUUGAUCUGAUAGCUGCGUUCUAUGGCUGUCUGUACGCGGGGGUGAUCCCUGUAACAGUGCGGCCCCCUCACCCCCAGAACCUGGCUGCUACUCUGCCCACCGUCCGCAUGAUCAUCGACGUGAGUCAACUACAGCCACCAAGAUGUUUUCACAUAACAGCUUUAUAGAAGAUGCUAGGCCUCAAUGAUCAACAGAAAAUGUAGACAUACAUAUAGUUGUACUAUGAACACUUUGAUAAGUGCUGAAAUGUUCUUGAUAAAUGAACCCCAUCUACUCUUAACCUCCCUGUCGCUGUCUGUCUGUCUUGCAGGUGAGUAAAGCUGCCUGUAUCCUAACCACCCAGCUCCUCAUGAGGAUCCUCCGGUCCAAAGAGGCUGCUGCCAGUGUCAACGUCAAGACCUGGCCCACUAUCAUAGACACAGGUACUGAUCUGAAAGAUUUGGUGGUAACCUAUUCAAAGCUCACUGCAAGGAGAGAAGAGCGUCAAUGCGUUUAAGUCAAAUGAAAUUCAACAGCUUUUAAUUGUGAGAGUCGAACCUUUUGAGACAGUCGUAUCUUUUCUAUGUUCAAUCUCCCACUACCUUUUUAGACGACCUCCCAAGGAGGCGGCCCCCCCAGCUCUACAAGCCCCCCACAGCAGAGAUGCUGGCCUACCUGGACUUCAGUGUGUCCACCACAGGCAUGCUGACCGGGGUCAAGGUAAGGGCUCUGCAGUAAUAUGACCAAAAGUAUAUUUGCUCAAUGUCUAUGUGCACUUAAAUACUGUAUCCACUCGGAAGACACCAUAGUAAUUGUUUUGCAUAUGAUAUAUUAAAAUGCAUCUCUCUCCUUGAUCUCUCUCUUUUCUUUUUCUCUCUUCCAUCUCUCCGUCUCUCUCUCGCUCUCCCUUUUUUUUCUCUCUCUGUGGUGUCAGAUGUCCCACGCGGCGGUCAGUACUCUGUGUCGCUCCAUCAAGCUACAGUGUGAGCUCUACUCGUCACGCCAAAUCGCCAUCUGUCUGGACCCGUACUGCGGCCUGGGCUUCGUACAGUGGUGCCUCUCCAGGUAAGACCUGGGUUCAAAUAGUAUGUGUGUAAAAAAAGUUGCAAAGAAAAAGCCAUAUCUCAGACUGGCCAAUAAAAAUAAAAGAUUAAGAUGGGCAGUCUGAGAUAUGGCUUUUUCUUUGCAACUCUGCCUAGAAGGUCAGCAUCCCGGAGUCGCCGCUUCACUGUUGACGUUGAUACUGGUGUUUUGCGGAUACUAUUUAAUGAAGCUGCCAGUUUGCGCUGUUCUGUGCAGGGAGUAGUACACAGUGUUGUACGAGAUCUUCAGUUUCUUGGCAAUUUCUCGCAUGGAAUAGCCUUCAUUUCUCAGAACAAGAAUAGACUGACAGGUUUCAGAAGAAAGUUCUUUGUUUCUGGCCAUUUGGAGCCUGUAAUCGAACCCACAAUUGCUGAUGCUCCAGAUACUCAACUAAUCUCAAGAAGGCCAGUUUUAUUGCUUCUUUAAUCAGCACAACAGUUUUCAGCUGUGCUAACAUAAUUGCAAAAGGGUUUUCUAAUGAUCAAUUAGCCUUUUAAAAAUGAUAAACUUGCAUUAGCAAACACAACGUGUCAUUGGAACACAGGACUGAUGGUUGCUGAAAAUGGGCCUAUGUAGAUAUUCCAUAAAAAAUCAGCCGUUUCCAGCUACAAUAGCCAUUUACAACAUUAACAAUGUCUACACUGUAUUUCUGAUCAAUUUGAUGUUAUUUUCUUUCGAAAACAAGGACCAUGUCUAAGUGACCAACAAACUUUACAGAAGAUAGCCCUAUUUAGUAAAAGAUCAAGUCCAUAUUAUGGCAAGUACAUCUCAAAUAAGCAAAGAGAAACGACAGUCCAUCAUUACUUUAAGACAUGAAGGUCAGUCAAUACAGAACAUUCCAAGAAAUUUUAACGUUUCUUCAAGUGCAGUCGCAAAAACCAUCAAGCGCUAUGAUGAAACUGGCUCUCAUGAGGACCACAACAGGAAUGGAAGACCCAGAGUUACCUCUGCUGCAGAGGAACUGCUUCACAGAGUUCAAUUAACAGACACAUCUCAACAUCAACUGUUCAGAGGGGAUUGUGUGAAUCAGGCCUUCAUGGUCGAAUUGCUGCAAAGAAAUCACUACUAAAGGACACCAAUAAGAAGAAGAGACCUGCUUGGGCCAAGAAACACGAGCAAUGGACAUUAGACCGGUGGAAAUUUGUCCUUUGGUCCAAUGAGUCGAAAUUGGAGAUUGUUGGUUCCAACCACCAUGUCUUUGUGAGACGCGGUGUGGGUGAACGGAUGAUCUCCGCAUGUGUAUUUCCCACCGUAAAGCAUGGAGGAGGAGGUGUUACGGUGUGGGUUGCUUUGCUGGUGACACCGUCUGUGAUUUAUUUAGAAUUGAAGGCACACUUAACCAGCAUGGCUACCACAGCAUUCUGCAGCGAUACGCCAUCCCAUCUGGUUUGGGCUUAGUGGGACUAUCAUUUGUUUUUCAACAGGACAAUGACCCAACACACAGUAUAUUUUAUAUUAGUUAUCUUGUUUUUUUGUUAUUUUUAGUCCCACCCUUCAGCUCCCCUCAACCCCUCCCAUCUAUCUCUGAACACCGUCCAGUUUUUUUCUUCUAUUUGCCAUAUCUUUUUCGACUGGGCUGUGAUGUUUCACAAAAGUACUGAACCUUUUUAUUCUUAUAGUUUUUACAGAUUGUAAAUUAAAGAUAAAAUGUUUUGCUAAGAGUAUUAUUAUGUUAUUGAUCGAUUGACUAUGACUUUUCAAAUCACCCAGCAGUGCUAUUUGCAUAGUUAGCUCCAGGUAAAUGUUGUAAUUCUUCAGACAUUCCUGAACCUGCGACCAAAAACAAGCUACAUAUGGACAGUACCAAAACAAGUGAUCUAAUGAUUCUGUCUCGUCGCAGCAAAAUCUGCAGAGCUGGGAUGGUGGUAUCCCCCAUAUAUAGAACAUUCUAUUGGUUGCAAGAAUUUUGUAUAAUAAUUUAAAUAGAACAACUUUAAGUUUUGAAUCCGCCGUCGUUUUGUGUAUCAGUUCAUAAACCAUGUGCCAUGGAAUCGGUACAUCGGAAAUCUCUUCCCAGCUAUUUUGCAACCUAUAUGGCACAGCUGUCAAUUUAUUGGUCCUUAAAUGAAAUAUACUUCAAAUAGUAUUGGUUUUCUUUAAAAUACUUGAACUGUGCUCGAUUGAGCUUGUCUGGCUGGCUCAAUGUAACCAAUGAAAUAGUGCCAAAAGUGCAAACCCCGCCCAUCCGGCUCUUCAGACAAGCUCAAUCAAACGAUCCAAGUAUUUGAAAGAAAGGCUGCUUCCAUCUCAGUGAGUGUCUGUGUGUAUGUAAGGUUGGGCAAUGUAACAGCAAAAUGAAGUACAGUAUAUAUUCUAUUCUAUUAAAAUACUCUACUGUUUGUGUGUCUAGUGUCUACUCAGGUCACCAGUCCAUCCUGAUCCCUCCUAUGGAGUUGGAGAUGUCCUUACCUCUGUGGCUGAGCACCCUGAGCCAGUACAAGAUCAGAGAUACCUUCUGCUCCUACUCUGUCAUGGAGCUCUGCACCAAGGGCCUGGGAAUGCAGACUGACGCACUUAAGGUAAGGAACACACACACGCUUACCCUUUUCACACUACUGAGCUGAGCCGAGCCAAGUUGAGCUGUACUGAUGAUGGCCUGGUUACAAAUCCACCAUAGUUGCUGAAACCGUGCUGGAAAGGACAAUAUUAAAAAUAAAACAAUCUGAGCCAGAACAUCACAGUUUGGGUCAUGAAAGGAUACUUCUUAACCACCGCAUGCAUCAGUGGCUGAAUGUGUUUUGUCUGUUUCCAACCUGUGUGUAUUGUUGUAUUGCAUUGUAACCUGUAUGUGGAUUUAUUUCCAGGCGCGGGGUGUGAAUCUGUCGUGUGUGAGGAGCUGUGUGGUGAUAGCAGAGGAGCGUCCCCGGCUGGCCCUGACCCAGUCCUUCUCCAAGCUGUUUAAAGACCUGGGUCUCUCCCCCCGCGCGGUCAGCACAGCCUUCGGAUCCAGGGUCAAUCUAGCAAUCUGCCUACAGGUGUGCCCCAGCUCAUACUCUUUCUCUCUCUCUCUGGCUCUGAACUUCACCACUGUCUCACACACCAACUCAUUAGACUAAAUCUAUAACCCCCACACCUACUAAUUUACUGCGUCAUUAGGUCUAGUUACAGGGGUUAACCUCAGGUAAACAUACAGCUUCAAUUUCUCUCUCUGUUUCUGUGCCAGGGUACCGCUGGGCCAGACCCCUCCACCGUCUAUGUAGACAUGAAGUCCCUCCGCCAUGACAGGUAAGACGAGGCAUAGCUUUCAGUACUAGGGCUCAGAUGUUUUAACUGGUCAGGUCACGUCGACAGGAAAUGCACGGGGCCUACUCAUGUAUUGCUACACUGCAGAGCCAGAGACCAUACUAGAAUGCAAUUUACUGGUGUUCUAUUUCAUUUUGUGUUGGAGACACUGUUAGUCUCAUUCUCUGUCUGUCUUGUCCAUGUCUCUUCCAGGGUGAGGUUGGUGGAGCGAGGUGCCCCCCAGAGUCUUUCCCUCAUGGAGUCAGGCACUGUAAGUAUCCUGGGGUUUCUGACAGUAUGUGGCUGUAUCACUUUUGAUCAGGGUAGCUAAGUGGUCAGGUUACUCAUGCUGUCUUGUCAUCAUGUUCAGUCAUCUAGCUACUGUACUAAAGAAUCAGUGGAUUUGUUCAAAAACAUUGUUGAGAUUGAUGAAACUGUGAGGUUGUCUGUUAACCUAAACCUAAACCCUCCCCUCUGUCUCCAGAUUCUUCCAGGGGUGAGGGUGAUCAUUGUGAACCCAGAGACCAGGGGACCGCUGGGGGAUUCCCAUCUUGGAGAGGUGAGUUGGCAGACAGACACGAGAGUUGAAGGCAUGGCAGCAUUGAGGAAUGGCUGAAAAUUGUGUUAAAACUUGAGUCCUCUCCUUUUUAAACAAAUCUGCUAUCUGUUCAAAUCCCAUCCCCCAUUUUCUGGUCUUUCACCUUGCUUUCUGUUUCUACCUCCUUUGCAUAUAUCUCUCUCUCUGUCUCUCUCUCUCUCUGUCUCUCUCUCUCUCUCUCUCUCUCUCUCUCUCUCUCUCUCUCUCUCUCUCUCUCUCUCUCUCUCUCUCUCUCUCUCUCUCUCUCUCUCUCUCUCUCUCUCUGUCUCUCUCUGUCUCUGUGUGUGUGUGUGUAGAUCUGGAUUCAGAGUCCCCACAGUUCCAGUGGCUACUACACCAUCUAUGGAGAGGAGAGCUUGCAGGCGGACCACUUCAACACGCGGCUGAGUUUCGGGGAGCCACACACCCUGUGGGCCAGGACAGGAUAUCUGGGCUUUGUCAAGAGGACCGAGUUACUGGGGUCCACCGGAGGUUAGGGACCCUUCUAAUAUAACCAUCCCAGCAUUGAGCAUGUUAUGGACUCUCCCAAGUGAGAUAUCUUUCUUAUGCCGAUUCUCACCCUGGACGUCGGUUGCUACACUAAACCAAUCUGAAAAGUUCCACGUAGUCAUACAAGGCAUGUUUAGUCAGUUGAUUGCUCAUUCAGUUACGCAGACGAAAGGAUUCUAGCGCUUUCCAACCAGAACCGUAUUCUUUCUCUCCUCUUAGAUCGGCAUGACGCCCUGUUUGUGGUGGGCCAGUUGGAUGAGACGUUGGAGCUCAGGGGGCUUCGCUACCACCCCAUCGACAUCGAGACGUCUGUGUCCCGGGCUCACCGCAGCAUCGCUGAGAGGUACGAUAAACACCAGUCUGUUCUGUUGUCUGCUCAGACGCACACGCUACAUACAUGCUGACAGUGUUGUCACACACACAGUGCAUAUAUGCUUCACCGAAUGUAUAUAUAUAUACACCCCGCAGAAUCACUGAGGGAUAAGAUGUGCGCACACAUACAUGCAUGUGCAGAGCGUGCAGCAUUAUGAAUAUAGACUCAUGUAUUACUGUCUCUGGGUGACACCAAUAGCACACACAGUUCAAUUUGAAUUAAUGGGCUGAAUGUGAUUGUUGUGACUGUUUGUGGCUGCCUCUGUCUGAGUACGAGUUACACAGAUUGGAUUAUGCACACAGAUCGAAGUUAGGAUUCCGAAGCUGUAACUCGCACUGUUUUGAAGCUGACUGAUGUAACCUGAUGUAUGACUGUUGUGGUCGCCGUCUCUCUUGUCUCCCAGAGCUGUGUUCGACAGUGACAUAUAUUUUCGGUAUAAAGCCACAAUACCAUAAGCCAGUGGUUCUCAAAGGUGGGGUCGUGAAUGUGAUUACAUAUUUUUCAUACAUAUUUUAAUAUGCUACAUAUAGCCUACCAUUUGUAUUUUAUCUACCUUAACCUAUUUGAUCUGGUUUCUAAUAUAGGCCUCAGAACCAAAACGUUUCGCAUCUUGACCAAUGACCAGUCAUCAGGAUUGGCGCGCAAAUGCGGGUGUAUAUCCAGAUUAGUGACCCAAAAGCAUUGCCAGGCAAAAACAUAGUAGACCUACAUUUAUAUUAUCCAUAUAAAAUACAGUUCAGAAAUCUACUACAGAGGCAUCUUUGCCAGAGCAAUAAUAGGCUACCUCGCGAUUUCAUUGAGCAUUUUCAUUGUUCAGAUAGUCCUAGUUUUGGGAGGCUACUGGCUAUAUGUCUAAAGGUAGCUGUGAUAUCGCACUGCCUUCAAUAUUAUGGGAUGAAGUUGUAACAUAUUCUGGCGAGUUUAUUACGGUAUUUGUGAGGAAUUAAAAGGGCUACCCAGUUGGCAACGAGCAUUCUGCGGGCAGGCGGCCCUCUAAAGUGAUAGCACGUGGUGCAGACACAGCGAUUGUGCGUGGGGUGUCGCGAGCUUUGACCUACUGCUUUUUGCAGGUUGCGGGUCAAAACGUUUGCGAACCACUGCUCUAACCCACGGAGCCAUUGGAAGCACAGUUGAAUGUUAAACUUGAAGAGUGACUGACUGUUGGUGCCUGUCUGUCUCUCUCUCUCUGCCAGUGCUGUGUUCACAUGGACCAACCUCCUGGUGGUAGUGGCAGAGCUGGCCGGGUCGGAGCAGGAAGCCCUGGACCUGGUGCCUUUGGUGACCAACGUAGUUCUGGAGGAGCACCACCUGAUUGUGGGCGUGGUGGUCAUCGUGGACCCGGGGGUCAUACCCAUCAACUCCCGGGGAGAGAAGCAGAGGAUGCACCUCCGGGACUCGUUCCUGGCCGACCAGCUGGACCCCAUCUACGUGGCCUAUAACAUG